UAGGCAAAGGAGCGGUUGUUUCAGCUUUGGCCGAAGUCCGGCCCUGAGCCUGGAAAAUGCUUCUGGCGCCCCAGGAAAGGACCUCCUCAAGGAAGAGGUCGGAGCUGAAUGGAUGGAAACAGUUAACAAGGAAGCCGAGUCCCACCAAGCCUGUGUUUGACCCUGACAAACACUGGAUUAAGAGAGUGGAGAAAACUUCAGAAUUUGCAGUUUCAAAAGCAUUUUCUGCUGGAAAUUCAGAUUUAUCCAGAAGGCUUUGGGGCCAAAUUGUAGAUUUGGAAACACCUGAGCAAAUAGAGGAUCAUGAUGAAGUCUAUGCAGAAGCUCAGGAAUUGGUCAAUGACUGGUUAGAUACCAAACUUAAACAAGAACUAGCAAGUGAUGGGGACGGUGAUGCUGAAGACACUGUGUCACGUAUCCCUCCUGUGCCAGAAGCCAACGGGCAUUUGAAAUAUGACAAGUGCGAUGAUUUAUGUGGUUAUUUGGAGGAAGAAGACGAAAGUAUCACCUUUCAAAAAUUCAUAGACCAUCUGCUCCAUAAAGACGUGGUAGAUUCUGGGAUAUUGGAAGAUCUUGGAAUGAAUGAAAACCAAGACAAGAAGUGGCAGAAGGAUCCUCAUCUUACCAUGGAGAUGAGACAUAAGCAGGUAAAAGAAAAUCGCUUAAGACGUGAGAAAGAACUGGAGCGCCAGAGAAUUGAAAAGACCCUGAAAAAAUCAACCUUCUUAGAGGCUCAGUAUCUGGUGCAAGAAGAGAAAAAAAGGAAGGCUCUAGAGGCCAAGAAAGAGGAGGAGGAGAUUCAAAGGGAGAUGGUAAAGCUGCGGAGGGAGAUAAUUGAUAGGAGACGCACUGUGGAAGAAGCGUGGAAAAUAGAGAAGAAAAAGCAAGAAGAAAAUUCUCCAAAAAAUCCAGAGAAAGGCAUGUUUCAAAGUGUUCAUAUUCUUCUGGAUGAAGAAAAAAUGGCAAAAGAAAGAAAGAAGAAACUGAAAGAGUUAUUAAUCCAAACUUUCAAGGAAAAUCACCAGUGUCAAAAACGGUAUUUCUCUGCCUGGCACAAGCUGAUUCUUGAUCAUCGGAUUAAGCUGGGGAAAGCUGGGACCCUGUCUGACUGGAAGUUGCAACUGAAGGUCCUGCGGGCCUGGAGAGACUACACAAGAUCCCAGAAGUUGGGGCGGGAGACUCAAGCCAUGGAAAAUGACCUUAGGGAAGAAAACAGAAAACAACAACUGGCCACUGACUAUAACCGGAAACAAGUUCUCCGACACCAUUUUACAGAAUGGCAGCAUUGGCAUCGUGCAGAGAUCCAAAAGAGAGAGCUGGCUGUUACGAAGGAGGAAACUAGGAAGAAAAUGAAUGAGCUGCUGAAGGCAGCAUCACUAGGGAAACUCAGUGCAAACGUGUCAUCAAGCAUCAGUCUACUUGAGGAGGCAGCAGCCAUGGAGGAUCCACCUAGAAAUGGAGAGGUGGCUGCCGCCCCCCCUUUGUGGGAAAAGCCUCCCUCGGGGACCAGUGGUUAUGUGCCCAGCCCCCACCUAGGAAGACCAACAAAGGACAUCUUGCAGAUUCCCCUCCAGAAUGUCCCUCUGGAUACAUCUGACACUAAACUGCACAAGGCCCUACAUGUUGAGCCCUCCCAACAGCCUGGCAACAAAGAGAAGCUCAGAACCAGCAGCCAGAAAGCAGAGCCUAUGUGCAUGGGUCAUUUCCAUAACCGCCACAUCUUCCAGCAACAGCUGAUUGAAAAGCAGAAGAAGAAACUUCAGGAACAGCAGAAAACAAUUCUGGAGCUGAGGGAAAACCAGCGGCUGGCAGAGGCUCGGCGGGCAGCAGGGCGUGCCGACACACAGAGCUGCCUGCUGUCAAACCCCGGAGAAGAUGAACGAAAAAGAACCUGCCAGGUGCUUCCAAAUUCGCCUGUUGCUUCCCCUGGGACUGAAGGUAGUAGAGGUGACUCCCAAAGUUCUCUGUCUGGACCCAGAAGGAAUCCAAGGCAGCUGAUGGCACCUCAUCCCAUACUGAAAGCCAUGGAAGAGAGAGCAGUUCAGCGAGCUGAACGUAGGCGGAUCUUGGCAGAGAGGAAGAAAAAAAAAGAAGAGGAGAAAUUGGCCCAGUUAAAGGCCCAAGAGGAGGAGCGUCAGAAGAGGGAGGCAGAAGAAAAGGAGGCUCAGCUUGAGAAAAAACGAGAAGAGAAGAGACUGAGGAAAAUGAAAGAACUAGAGAAGCAGAAGAGAAUUAAGAGGAACCAGCAGCUGGAAGCAAUAGCCAAAGAACAUUAUGAAAGCGUAUUGCUAAGAAAAAAAGGUCUGGAGCCUUGGAAGAGACUGAGAAUGCAAAGCAAGCAAAACCUCCAGGUGGCCAAAGGACAUCACUCUUUGGCCCUACAGAGGAAAUGCCUGCUGACCUGGUUCCAGUGGAGUCAGGAAAGCCUGGCUAGGAAGAUGGCCAAAGCUGAUCAAUUUUAUUCCCAAAUAUUACUUAGGAGGGUCAUCCGGAGCUGGCUACAGUACCUGACUGACCUCGAGGAAGAAGUACAAACACUGUGUGUACAUUUUCUUCAGAAGAAGAUUUUCAGGGCCUGGUAUAACAUGGUCAGGGAGGCCAGGAUCGAUUCCCAGAACAAGCACAAGGUUGCAGUGGAGCACAGUGACAGGAGGAUUCUCUGGAUCACAUUUCAGACAUGGAAGAAGUUUGCAAAAUUUACGAAAGAGGAAAGAGGAAAAGAAGAAAGGCGAGAGCAGCUCCGUAGGAAGGUAGCUGAAAUUCUUCCAGACUUUCAGAUGCUCACACCGCUGUGACUCAGGUGUACAGCAAUCAGAUGCUCGGCCCGUGGGUAAGGAGUCCUUGGUGUGCCAGUGGCCACAGCCCAGUGCAGUGCUUGCAGUGCUUGCAAUGGGAAACUCCAUCAGUCCGUGUGUGUGUGUGUGAUCUCCACCCACCCACAUACGUGCGCAUAUAUCUGGUUUAUGUUCUGUCACGUACUUCUUGGAUCAAAGAAAUUAUUUCGUGAAUUUGUAUUUCCUUCUUUGAUUUCUCCAAGGUUGCUAAUCAGUCCACUAACACAUUUAUCACAGCAGGAUCAUCCAAAGGAACAGUCUAGAGCUCUGCUGUUCAAAUGUACCCUAUGUAUUUUUAGGAUUAUAAACUUUAAAAAGGACAAGUGUUUGCUUGCCUGAGACUGUGGAGAAAAAUAUGUCCUUAUAGCUUAAUGUGAAUUGUUGACAAAUCUAACUUUAAUUAAAUAGAAAUUAAAAGUAGUGAGCACUUAGAAAAGGAGGGCCAGUCGUCUGGUACCUUAGCAUCAGCAACAGGCAUCCUGCCAGACCCUGUCCUUUUUGCCCACCUGAUGGAAAACUGUGGAUCAAAAGGCAUCCUAGACAGCUGCUGCAAAGGGUAGCAGUGUAUCCUGAUUUCAGAGAAACUGGAGCACCAGAGAUACUUCUCCUCAGUGCACUUUGCUAAGCAUGAAGGGAAGUCCAAAAGGUAAAGGCUCUAUCAAAGGCAGUCCAGCAAUUUGUUCAAGUGUCUGCUUGUGCUCCCAACUGCAACUUCUACGUAACACACUCGAUCAGUCUUCCAGUCCUCAGCUCAGUUUGCUUUAUGUAUCAAGGUACUUAUCUUAAAUUCAAAGAACGUUUUAAUGUUUAAGAUGCUAAAGGAUAUAAAGACUGACAAGACACUCCUGUGAAUUGUCUGAGAGAGUUGCCUGCUAGAAAAAAAAGUUUUCAUUACAAAAUACAUGCUCAUUACAACAAAUUCAGGCAGUAAAUGCACACAGUAAAACGAGACAGUCCCUUGCAGCCCUGAGGUAACUACUAUUACUUGAUAAGUUGCAACUUUGAGUUGGUAAAAU